AUGAGCCAGGCCCGUUACGUCGGAAUAUUCCGGUGCAACAAGUGCAGUACUCCACUCUUUCUCGAAGAACAUGUGCAACAACAUGAGUCUGUCGCUAAGGUUGCGUUCCGGCGGCAACAGGUGCCCGAGGCCCGGUGCUCGUCGUAUUUCCUUCCGAAGCUCCGGUGGAUGGGGGACCUCCUGGGGAAUCAGGGCAACCUCGCAUGCCCCCAGUGCGCCCAGCGGGUGGGAGGCUGGUGCUGGAGCGGACGGGCAUGCACGUGCGGCGGGCUCGUCGUCCCAUACAUCGCCGUCCACCGCAACAAGGUCGACCGCGUCAUGACAGAGGUCUCCGCCGGGGACGCACCUACUGCCGCAGGAGCCCCAUGA